AUGGGUGCCCAAAAUUCAACGCCAAGACGUCGACAGUUUAAUAUAACCACGGAUAUUCCGCCAGAGAUUUUCGCUGCAAUCUGUGAACAUCUUACACCCGAUGACCUCUUCACAUUGCUUCGGGUUUGCCGUUAUUUCCGUGCUCUUCUCAGUGCAAAUAGGUCUGCUUACACACAAGAGAUAUGGCGCACAUCUCGACUGAGAUCCUCGGACUUGUUUGAUCACCGGCCACCGCCAAAGGGCAUGAGUGAACAACAGUACAUGUUGUUGCAUUAUUGGUUGACAAAGUGUCAGUUCUGUCGAGGGCAAAAAGAAUGGGAGUCCAAGGCGUAUUGGCCAUUUAAAGUUAGAGCGUGUAGAUCAUGUUUACUUGAGAGAACGAUAAGUAAACAUCGUCUCUUAAAUGAAUGGAAGAUUCCAAAAGGCGUAUUGUCCUGCCUUCCAUACAUCUCAAUCGGUACUUAUGAGAUAUAUUGGAUUUCCGAUGUCAUUCAAGCUGAAUUCCGGUUCCGCACCAUUCCCCCUGCCACUCGCACUCUCUGGGCCACUAAACAUCAAGAACGUGUUCGUCAUUACCUUCAAGAUGUCGAGGAAUUCGAGUUAGCAUACAAGUAUAACAUGAUUUUCUGGUAUUACAAAGAACAAGAAUCUAUUCGGAAAAGCUGUAUGGUCGACGAUAUUGCUGCGGAGCUGGCUGUCGAUCCGCAGCUAUUAAAAGAGUUGCCGGCAUAUGAGGAGCCGCUGCAAUGGCCACCUAAAGAAAGAGACUGGGCUGCGUGGAGACACAAAAUAGUUAUUGGGGCGCAGAAAUUUGCUAAAUUACAGCGGCGCAAGGUUGAGAAGAGAUGGAGUUUGUAA